GCCAAUCGAAUGAUAGAAUCUAAUCGAAGACGACGUUAUACAAAAUAAACGACGUCGGUACUUCCGACCGCAGAACUGGUGAUGCGCAAUAAGAAUCAGCCGGUCGUUUGAGCUUUGACUUUUGUAUAGUUAGACUUACACUUUACUUUUUAAGGACCAUCAUGAAACUGUUUUUAACCGACUCUGUUGGAAAUUAUGAUACGUUUCUUGUGUUUAUCAUAAUUAUCCUAACAAUAUAUUAUCUUAGACAACGGUCAAUAAGUUUGAUGCCUCGGGGCCCCACUCCGCUACCCAUUGUCGGAAACAUUCUUUCGUAUGGAAAGCAACCAUGGAAAAAUAUAAUUAAAUGGGCAGAACAUUAUGGUGAUGUAAUGACUCUGUAUCAGGGACCAUUUCGAACAACAGUGUGGAUCAAUGAUGCUAAUCUUGCCAUUAACUUGUUCCAGAAACAACCAGACAUCUUUUCUGAACGCAAACAUAUUCCAUUUAUGACUCACGAAGGUAGUACCGAAGGAAGCAUUGUUUGGGAAAAUGGCCCAGCCUGGAAAACCAAGAGACGGUGGAUGCUUAGUGCAUUGCGUCAUUUUGGAAUGGGCAAGAGAAGUCUAGAGAAACAGAUAAAUGCAGAGGCAGACAUUUUUUGCCAAGAGGCCGCUAAAUUCAAGUCCCAACCUUUCGAUCCGAAGCAUUUCGUCAACUGUGCCGUGGCCAACAUAAUCUGCUCCAUAUCCUUUGGCCAGCGUUAUGACUACUUGGAUCCAGAGUUUACAGAACUACUUAAGAAUUUACUCGCCUUCUUCAGACAGUGCAAUCUGAGCAACAUUGAAAUGCAUAUACCAUCCAUUAUGAACUUACCAAUGUUCAGGCACAAGAGAAUACCUUCACUUUACUUGAUCAAUUUCCUUAAGAAUCAGGUAAAACAACAUAAAGAGACAUUUGAUCCCGACAAUAUUAGAGAUAUCAUAGACAGAAUGCUUUCAGAAGUGCAGAUCAGCAGUGAUGAAGAGAAGUCCUACACUGACCCUGAGCAUAUUUGGUCUUCUAUUUUGACGAUAUUUAUAGCCGGGGCUGAAACGACUUUCAGUACUUUGAUGUGGUUUUUGCUAUACGUGGCAAGUUAUCAGGACGUUCAAGCUAAACUGCAUGAGGAGAUUGAUCGUGUCCUAGAGGGCAGCAAACCAACAAUGGCUGAUCGAACCCGUCUUCCAUACUUUGAAGCAACAACAUAUGAGGUACAACGUCUUGGUAACAUAGCAGGAACAUCCCUGCCACAUGCUAAUGCAGAAGAAUUUGUUUUGAAGGGCCACAAGAUACCAAAAGGCACCAUCAUCAACCUGAAUCUGAAAAGGAUUCACACAGAUCCAAAAUACUGGCAUGAUCCAAUGACCUUCAACCCUGCAAGAUUUUUAGACGAGGAUGGCCAAAAAGUUAAAAAACUUAAUGUUUUCAUGCCAUUUGGUAUAGGAAGAAGAGCAUGUCUUGGUGAGAGCUUGGCUAAAAUGGAGAUGUUCCUCUUCAUGACUAAUUUCUUUCAGAAGUUUAAAGUAACUAUUCCUGAAGGUCAUCCACAGCCUGAUUUUGACCCAGUAGUUGGACUUACAAUGAGUCCAAAACAGUUCAAGGUGUGCGCCAUUCCUCGUGGAUAAACGCUAGACCUGUUGAAUAUCUCGCAUCGUGCACGAGACUCAUGCCUCUCUUAAGCGCUUGCACUCAAGGACCAAUAGAGGCUAGUAGUAGUAAAUCUUUGUCAAGUCACGGGGCCCAUGGGCUGGAGCUUAUCCUCAGUUUGACGUAGCAUGGAGCGGAUAAGAGCGUGAUGGUCCCCCUGGGUGGGACACUGGUCCACCUCAGGUUACUCCCGGCAAUUUGCUGGUACCCAUUGAUACAGCUGGGUAGACUAAAGCAAUGUAGAUAAAAUGCCUUGCUCAAGGACACUAGUGAAAUGCAAGCGAAGGAUUGAAACCCCAACCAAGGAACAAAACCUCACAGAUAAGUGUAAUACUGCCAACUAAAAAAAAUAAUAUAGUACCCCUCUCGCUAAGCAUUUCAAUUGUCCAUUUUGACUUUUAGCUAUGAUAUAUUUUUCCUUUUCUGUACAAAACAUGUACAAUCUUAUGGGCCAUUAAUCUAUAACCUAAUUAUCUUGUGCAUUUAAUGGGAAGAGCUCAAUGUAGUAAAUCAGGAAUAUUUCAUAGUGCAUCGAUACCUCUUGAAUCAUAAACACUAUAAGCAAUGCAUACAAGUUUAAUUACACUGAUGAACUAAAUGAAUUUUACUUGCAUUGAUAUUUUUUGUAACAAAUUGGUUUAUGUAUAUUGUAACUCAUAGGUCAAUUAAAUUAAAAUUAUUAAGACUAUUA